AUGACUACAGACCCUUCUGUUAAAUUGAAAUCCGCAAAGGAUUCCCUCGUCUCCUCUCUCUUUGAAUUAUCCAAAGCUUCUAAUCAAACCGCCUCUUCGAUUGUUGAUUUCUACAAUGCUAUCGGCGGUGAUGAAGAAGAGAAGAUAGAGGCUUUCACCACUUUGACCGAAUCCUUGCAGACCCUUACUUCUGGUGUAAACCACUUGCACGGUAUCAGCUCAGAACUGGUCAACCCUGCUGACGAUGAUAAGGAAGCGAUCAUUGUUGCCCCAGUCAAGCCUGUGAGAAGAAAGAUCGAACGUGAUCCGAACGCUCCAAAGAAGCCAUUGACCGUCUUCUUUGCUUAUUCCGCCUACGUCCGUCAAGAACUUCGUGAAGACAGACAAAAAGCUGGCCUACCUCCUUUAUCGUCUACUGAAAUCACACAAGAAAUCUCCAAAAAGUGGAAAGAAUUAAGUGAUGGCGAAAAGGAAAAAUGGAAGCAAGCUUACAAUGUCGAAUUGGAAAACUACCAAAGAGAGAAGUCCAAAUAUCUAGAAGCAAAGAAAAAUGGUACUUUACCACCAGCUUCUUUAGAAAACGGUCCUACACAUGCUCCUGUUCCAAUCCCUUUGAGUUUGCAGCAUGCCGCUGAACCUCCUGUGGAAAAGAGGCCUCAUGAUGACGACGGAUCUUCUGAAAAGAAGAAGAAGAAGAAGAAGAAGGAUAAGAAGAAGGACAAAUCCAACUCUUCUAUUUGA